AUGAGGAUCGAAACCUGCCAUCUCUGUUCUCGCCCGGUCUACCCGUCCAAAGGCAUCACGUUCGUGCGGAACGAUGCCAAAGUGUUCCGAUUCUGCCGGUCGAAAUGCCACAAAAACUUCAAGAUGAAGCGACAGCCGCGCAAACUCAAGUGGACCAAGACGUCGCGCGCGCUGCGUGGCAAGGAGAUGAUUGUCGACCAAAACCUGCUGCUGUCACAAUUCGCCAAGCGACGCAACGUACCCGUCAAGUACGACCGCAACCUGGUGGCUGCCACGAUGAAGGCGAUCGAGAGGAUCGAGGAAAUCCGAUCCAGGCGCGAGCGCGUGUACACGAGGAGAAGGCUCAGCGGCAAGGCCCAGCGCGAGGCCAAGAGACGGCAGGACCUCAAGGUCAUCGCGCAAGGAGAGCAUCUCAUCCGCAAGGAACUCGGCGAUCUCGAGGCCGCCCGGGCCGAGAUGGAGCCGGUGGUCGAGUUGGUCAAGAAGGAGAUGGAGAGGUCUAGAGUCAUGGGCGAGGAGAGACCCAGACAGAAGAGCAAGAGGAAGAUGCUCGUCGGUGGCGGCACCGAAGAGGACAUGGAUCUGGAUUGA